GUUAGCUGCUCAGUGUCAAGCUUCUGCUUGAGACCCAGUUUUUGUUUCUGUUGUCUGACUGGAAGCAGAAGGAGGUCAGAUGUCCCUCUCUGGCCAUGAUGAGGGCCCCAGUGACCUAGGCUGGUCUGCGAGUUUUAUCUGCUCUGAGCCCACUUAUCCCCAGAGGCCCAGCUGAGGCAGCAGGUGUCUGUCUGCACACCUGACCUGUGAAUCAAGCUUCAGAUCAGAAGCUUCCCCCUUGAGGCUUGUGAGCCAGUCACUCCCCCUCACCAGGGAGGUCUGGGAGUCUGCUGGGAGAAUGGAAAGGGGGGAGCAGCAUUCAGCUGUCUAAGAGGCUUCCCGCCAGAGUCAGGCACGUCCCCAUCAGGAGCAGGGGUCAUGUGAUAUCUUUUCUCAGCUCCCCAAAUACCAACAGAAUAAGGCCGCUGACUUCAGUCUGUGGGCAGAUUUUAAUGAAGCACCUGCUCUGUACCAGGUAUUGUGAUGCAUACUGGGAAUACAAAGAAAGGCAAAAAUGGUCCCUGCGUUUGGUUGUCUCCCCACUCUGGCCAGGGCCCCUUUUCACUAGAGGAUGAUGCAACAGGUUGGAGAUUUUUAAGAAUCGGUGGAGAGACGUUGAAUUAUUUGCUACAGUGAACUUCCUUAAGAGGAAGAGCAUUAGGGGGCAGCUAGGUAGCACAGUGGAUAAGGCACCAGCCCUGGGACCUGAGUUCAAAUCCAGACUCAGACACUUGACACUUACUAGCUGUAUGAUCCUGGGCAAGUCACAACCUUCAUUGCCACACACACACACACACACACACAUACACACACAUAAAAGGAAGAGCAUUCAUUCCAUUUCUCCCUGAAAAGCAUUUUGAGGGGACAUGGCCCCUACAGACUACAAAAAUACAAAUUUGAAAUAGCAAAAUGAUUCAGUUUAAAAUUUGUUAGGUUAGGGGGCAGCUAGGUGGCUCAGAGGGUAUAAAGUACCAGUCCUGGAUUCAGGAGGACCUGAGUUCAAAUCUGGCCUCAGACACUUGACAUUUGCUAUGUGACCCUGGGCAAGUCACUUAACCCUCAUUGCCCUUAAAAAAUUUUUUGUGUGUUAGGUUUUAAACAAAGUCAUCCCGGGGCAGCUAGAUGGUGCAGUGGAUAAAGCACUGGCCCUGGAUUCAGGAGGACCUGAGUUCAAAUCCAGCCUCAGACACUUGACACUAGCUGUGUGACCCUGGGCAAGUCACUUAACCCCAAUUGCCUCAAAAAAAAAAGUCAUCCCAGAGUUUUGUUUUGUGUUGGAUAUAAAAUACAGUUCUACGGGACCCAGAUUAAUAUGUACAGGACAUUUGUUCUCAUUUUUUUGGAGUAAGAGCCCUGAACUUGGAGUCAGAAAAACUGGCUUUGAAUCCUGGUUCUCCCAUCUGUAGAAAGGGCAAGCAAAGAGCCCUUCCAGCUCAAAUGUUCUGUGUUAAUAACUGACAUUCAUCUAGGGUUUUAAGAUUUGCCAAGCAUUUUACAUACAUUGGCUCCUUUACUGAGAAGCAGUAUGGUACCAGCCUUGGGGUCAGGAAGAGCAGGUUUCAAGUCCAACAGAUAACACAUUAUCUGUGUGACCCUGGGCAAGUCAUUUAGCUUAGUGCCUCCUAGGAACCCUCUAAAAGCUAUGGGAGAUCUCUGUUGUCGGGAAGAGUUUCAUGCCAGUAGGUUUCCAAACAAACCCAGGUCUAGCCCAAAACAAGAGUCCUGCAAUGGAGAAAGCAUUCAUAUUUUAUCCUUAUUUACAAAGCAGUGAACUAAAGCUCAAGAAGUUCUAAGGUUAUUGAGCUUUCAGACUUGAAAGUGUUAAUGACCUUAUAGAUCAUUUAGUCUGGUAAUUUUUAUAAUGUGGUUGAGGGACCCUUGGGGGUCUCAGACUCUUUCAGUGGCCAAAACUAUUUUCCAUAGUAGUAAUGCUGACUUUUUGAUACCAGAAAUAUCAACAGAUAAAACCCACAUAAAAUCUUGGGGAAAGGGAGAGUCCUAAAUUUUCAAGAGUGUAAAGGGGUGCUUCUUUUUCUCUUUCGCCUCUUUUGAGUUUGCAUUCAGUUCCCUCAGCUUCCAAAAUGCAGAAUGAUACCGUUGAGUUUGUGAACCCGUACGUGCCAUGGAAAUGCUCCUCGAGCAACAGGAUCAUCGGGGCCAAGGACCAUGUGUCUGUCCAGAUGAAUGUGGCCAAGAUUGACAAGGUCACAGGCAGAUUCAAUGGCCAGUUUAAAACUUAUGCAAUUUGUGGAGCAAUUCAUGGAAUGGGAGAAUCUAAUGACUCUAUUCUCCAGCUGGCAAAAAAUGAUGGUAUUGUUUCAAAGAAUUUCUAAUUGAAGAAAUCUUGUGGAAUAUAUCUUAAUAAAUAAGAAAAACGGGAAAAAAAGUGUAAAGGAGUCCCCAGACCAAAAAGUUUGACAACAGCUGCUCUAAGCCAGCUUCAGUUUACAGAGGGAGAAAUUCAGGUCCAUCGAAGAAAAACGACUUACUCAAUGUCCCACAACAAUUAAAUCAUGAAAUUACACAGGAUUGAAGAGUUGGAAGUGGCCAUCUAGUUCAGCCUUUACCCAAAAGGAUUCCUUAGCAUAAUAUACCUAUUAAGUGGUCAUCUGGUGUCUGCUUGAAGACCUUAACAAAGGGGGUAACUAAGCACCUCUCAAGGAAGCCUAUUCUGUUUUUGAACACUAAACCUAACUAAAUUUGUGGGUUUUGUUUUGUUUUUUGCAAUGUUUGUCAAUCGUCUCUGGUUCUGUCUCCUGGGACCAAAUAGAACCAGCCUAAUGUAGCCCCUUCAAAUACUUAAAAACAGCUGUCUUGUCCCCUUCUGACUCUUUUCUUUAGGCCAACAUUUCCAUUUCUUUCAACCAACCUAUUUUUUUUUGCAGGGGCGGGGCAGGGCAAUGAGUGUCAAGUGACUUUCUCGGGGUCACACAGCUAAUAAGUGUCAAGUGUCUGAGGCCGGAUUUUAACUCGGGUACUCCCGAAUCCAGGACCAGUGUUUUCUCCACUGUGCCACCUAGCUGCCCCCCAACCUAUUCUUAUAUAACAUACUCAAGACCCUUCCCCAUCCUGGUUGCCCUCUGGAUGCUUUGCAGCUUGUCAGUGGCUUUCUGUUGCCCAGAACCACACACAGUAUUCCAGAUGAGUUUGGAAGAAAGAGAACAGUGGCACUGUCACCUUCAUAUUCAUGGGAACUGUACUUCUCAACGUACCCCAGGAUCAUGUUAGCCUCUUUGGCAGCCACAUCACACUGUUGACUUCUUUGACCUUGUAGUCCACUAAGACUCCCAGCUCCUUGUCAUAACUGCUGUCUAACCAUGCCUCCUCACAUUGAUCUGUGCCCCACUGUAAAACUUUACAAAUUCACCCUAAUGAUGUCAUCUGAUUAGAUUUAUCCCUCCACCCUAUAAAUAUCUUUAGGGAUCUUGAUUAUCAUCCAGUGUGGUACAGUUUUAUGUCAAAAGCAAAACUGAUGAGCCUGCUGUGCAUACCUUCAUUCAAAUCAUUGAUAACAUUAAACAGCAGAGCGCUGAGCA